GACAUAUGCUUGGUGUAUAAAAAGCGACAUCUGCUAUUUUUCGUUGGAAAGUGAGAGAGUUAAUGUCUUUUCACAUCUGCUAGCUUGAGUUGGGAAGAGAGAAAGUUAAUCUCUCCAAAAGAACCAUUGGUUGAAGAAAAGUGGUUAAUAACUUGAUAAUAUCUUCAACCGUGUGGUUGAAGAAGAGACUGGGUCAUUGGCACCUCUGGCAGAGAGGCUCCGGAAGUGGCGAGCCACCAGAUAUUGGAGUUGUGGACCUUGGUAUUGCAGUUCCAACACGAUAUCACUUGGUCUGAUUUGCAGAAGAUCCUAGUGGAAAGUCGGCAAAGCUCGCAGAUCUUCAUCUCUCUCUUGAUUGCAAAGGAUGGAGAGUUGGCCUUCAGACGUUGUGGAAGACGACCUCAACGAGGGUCAUCUUAUGGCUCCCACAUGUGCUUGACAAAAAAAAAAUGUACUUGGACCCGUGGAACAGGCUCGAAUCGGCCUGUUUGAAAUAGGCCGGGUUAGGUUUGAUUCCGAAUUUAGAAAUCUCUGAACUCGACUCGGCCCACCUGUUUCAUUUUGAACUAGUUCCAGUUUGAUUCCUUCAAAUUUGGGCUCGGCCCAACCCGUGCCCAUCCCUAUGUCGUGCGUGAUUUGUAUUGGAUAGAAAACUUAACAGAGUUAAGGUAAGAUAACAAAUUAAUGAUUUUAGAAAGUUGGUAUGACAAAUUGCUUAAAAUUUUAGUUUAUAUGACAAAUUGAAAAUUGUGUACAAGUUCAUAUGACAUUUCAAAAUUUUCCCUUUUAUAAAAAAGAAAUGUUAUUAACAUCUAAAAAAUCUCACUCUGCACUCCUAUUACAAAGAUGUUUUAUUUUUAGUCUCUUGAAAUUUAUAAAAUAAUAUUUUGAGGAAAAUCUAAUAAAAAAGAAUAUGAUGGGAGAAUAUAUUGGAGAAUAAGCUGAAUACUUGGGAAAUAUGUUGGACAACUAGUGAAUAAUUGUGUCAGUUUAGAAAGGAAAAAAAACGAAAAAUCCACCAAAAAAAUAAUAAAGAAAACGAAAAAUCAGCAAAAGAAAACACUCCAAAAGACGCAGUCUUCUUCAAGACUUCAUCAUCUUUUCAAAGUGCUCUGCAACUAAAACUUCCAGAUUUUAACUGAAAAAAUUCCAGAUUCUGACAACUUUUAAACAAACAAAAAAAGCCUAAUCAAACGUCUUAGGCACGCCUCAGUCGCCUUGGCGUGCCUCGACCACGUCUAGGCAAGUUUUCACCUACUCCCACUAGGCAAAGGCAGUUAACCUCGUCUCGCCUUUGAAGUCACACAGGCACACCUCAAGGCGGGUUUUUAAAACACUGAUUGGGGUUGUAGAUUAUAUAUUCUAUAAAAAGGGACUUAAAUUAUCAUGGAAAGUUUGGAUGUUGACCUUGCAGUCUCACAACCAAUUUCUCAAAGGGUUUAGAUUAUAUAUUCUGAUUAUCAAAAGUUGUUUCGUCAUGUCGCGUUUGGCAGAAUUAAAGUGUUCUUGGAUUCUUUCCACGUGCUGCCCAAAGUCAAUCAGUCAAGCUCAAGACGAGUGAACCAAGUUAUAAACGCGUAAACAAUAUAAUUAUCAAUCAUGCAAUCGACAUAAUUUGACUGGUAAAUCUUGUCCAAUUUCUUCGAUAUUUCUCUUCAACUUCCUUGAAGCCAGUGGUCAAUGGAGCGGGGAUUCUGAAGCUAUGUGGUCCAUUAUGCUUGAUGGGUUGUAGUUGAUUCAAGUGUUUCUGUGAUGCCUUAUUUUGACAAGGGAAUAUUUUAAAUUGCUCUAAUCUUAAGGGCAGGAGGAUUCGAACCUGAAUGCAAGGAGACGGGGAUUUAGUCUACUGAUCAAUUGUCCUAAUUCACGUCUACGUGUUGCCUUGAUACCUAGCAAGCAUGAACUGAAAUGUGUGGUGCUGGACUGAUAAGAGCAGGUUCAAUCAUUAUUGAGUCACAGGCCAAAAUGCUUCAAUGAUUGCAAAAGUUAUGGAUUGAGAUACUGAAGACACAACCUUUUUGAUUGAAUGGGCAUCACAGAAACAGUUAUGGCGAAUUCCACGAGCUUUGAAAGAAAAGAAGGAAGAGACCAUUCAGAAACUAAUAGCAGCUCCAAUGGCUCUGAUAAAGUUUACAUAGAAAGGUCAACAAACUUCAAAAAUUGGGUAUCCACAGAACCGAAAAUUGAAGCAUCUGAUUCAAUAUUUGAGAGUCCUGAUUUAACCUCUUCGAUCGGUAGAAAUGGUGAAGUAGUGCAGAUAAACAAGCCUACAAUUUUGUUUCUUGAGCGCAAUGCGGCGGCUACUAAGAUUCAGAAAGUUUACAGGACGUACAGGACUAGACGUACCAAUGCUGCGGCAACUAGGAUUCAGAAGGUUUAUAAGAGUUACAGGACUAGACGAAACUUUGCAGAUUGCGCUGUUGUAGUUGAGGAACUAUGGUUGAAGGCCUUGGACCUCGGAGCACGGAAACGAAGCUCAGAGGCCUUGGACAUUGAGAAACACGAAACUAUUGAGUCACUGCGGGCACGAACUAGGGCAAGGGCUUCUAGCCAGGCUGACAAACUAGAGCUGCAGCACUGGCUUGAAUCCAUUGAUCCACGCCAUCGGUACGGGCACAAUUUAGAGUUCUACUACGGUGUCUGGUGUGAUUGCGACAGCAAGCAACCUUUCUUCUACUGGUUGGAUAUUGGUGAUGGUAAAAACAUAAAUCUCAGUAAGUGUCCGAGGACCGAUCUACAACGCCAGUGCAUCAGCAAUCUUGGACAACGUCAGCACAGCAGAUAUCUUGUACCAACUAUUUCAGCAGAGUGGACAUUUCUAGUCAUUGGCCUCUGCCUAGAGAUUUUGUCGAUUGCUUUUGAUCAGGCUGCCUCCCCAAGUAAGCCUCGAUAUGCACUAUUUGGUAUGACAUUGGCUAUUGCAGUUCUACUCAUUUGCAUAUGGGAGCUCAUUUACAAGGGUAAAAAGGAAGGAGUUGUGUUGCGGCGGUGGGGAAAGUUGUGGUGGUUUUAUUAUCCACGUUCCGCCCAGACUUUUGGAACUCUUCCGGACUUUUAUGGAUUAAUUGGUAGCACUUCGCAGUGUAUUUGCUCGGCGGUUCAAUAUGUUUGUUUCUCUCAUCAUGCUGACAAUCCCAUCAAAGUAUCCCUUUGGCCUGCCAUCUUUCUUGUAUGCUUGGGUGCAAAAAAAUUAGUCGAGAAACGAAAUGAGACCCAUGGACACAAAGAUUAGAUGACAAAGUCAAGUAGAUUAAGCAAGGACGACGUUGAUCAAAUCAGAAGUAUAUAUAUCAAAUUCAUCACUUGUGUAACAUGUUGUGUUAUUGAGCAAAUAAGGAUAGGUAACCUCAAGAAUAUCCAGACAGAAACAAGAAUUAAUAAGAAAUUUGUAUUUCUGUAUCAUUCUUUAACCUCCAAAUGCACAUGGCUUCUUUGUUUUA